AUGGAUCCUGAGGAUAGUCCGGAAUUGAGCGAGGUGCGACAUCGCGACUCUCCCCAACGCUGGACUCAGGUUACUCAAACGCUACCAAGUCCCAUCAGGAGUAUACACCCCGAGCAUGCCGGCAUGAGCGCACAAAUGGAGUCCAUCGACAGUCAAGCAGACUUUGGACACCGCACGACAGAUUUCUUCGAUGCCGGGGAUUCCGAAGAUGAGACUGCGCUGCCGGGCACUGCAAUCACCUCCGAAGACUCGAGAAUCCCACGCUCGUCAUCGCCCAGCAAGAGGAAAAGACUACUUUCGACUGGACAUACUCUAGUGUCUAGAUGUGAGCCGAAGCGAGUGGCUUUGCCGCCAGAAGAAGAGCUGCCACAAAGUGGAGGUUAUCAACGCCUUGACUCGAACCUCAAUCAACAGAUCCCCAGAGCAGAUACGAUGAGCACGACUACUUCAUUCAAUGGAUCUGUAGACGAGCUGGACUUACUUCCUGGUCGAGAACACAGCCAUCCUCAGAUGCCGAAACCUGCUCGUAUAUCGUCUAGGGGAACCGCGGACAUUCCUUGGGAUCAUGAGCAGGAUCCAAGUCAAGGGAUAUCACCUUACCCCGGGGGCCUCGAUCAAAGACUGGGAAUGCACGCAUUCGCGUAUGAUAUGCUGUUGCGAGGUCUUUACGCAGAUGAGGAAGUGAUGCAGGGAGACCAGCCGAUACAGCCGAUUGUGUCAAGAGCAUCUGCAAUUCCAAGCUCUAUGAUACCCCAGCAGCUCAGACUGUUCGACCCUCGAAGCCCUCGGGACCAGCUUCCCACACCGGGCACUGCGGGUCUGGAUGGGAAUGAUCAAGUCCAAGGGAGUGGUAAGAAGGCCCACUGCUUGCCACCACCGAUCGACACCAACACACGAAGAUCAUUGCCUGCAGGGCUUGUACGAACGCCAUAUCCGCUCUCAUCUGGUCACAUCCAUCGCAAGGACUUCGGACGCGAUCAAGAGCCGCCAUCUGCUCUGGAUAACCCCCCAGGCGCAUCUGAAAGCAUACUCACACUCAGUAUCCGCAGAGUCAACCCGAACAGCACGCCUCGUGUCACCAGCAUAAUGAUUCCGGUUGCAAACGACUACACAGCAGUGCGUACGACCGGUAAUGGCGAGAAACAGAAGCAAUUCAGAUCUAUCUCCUUCGACGAUGCAGAACUCUUCUGGCAGCUUCGCGAUGCUUACAAAGGACUCGCGGGGGUUGGACGCUUCUUCUCAGCGCGAUCUCUAAAGCGUAUAGUAGUAAGCGGUCAAGCUUCGCGAGCCGCAGAUGCUGGAUAUGGAUGGUUACAUCAACCUCGGAGCCCUCGAGUCCUGGCAUACAAGGGUCUGACCGACACUUUCAGCGAGGAAAAUAUCUUGCAGCACUAUCGAAGACCAGUACUCGGCAAGUCGAGAUAUGCCUUCGUACACUGGGCUCAUCGACUUGCUGCCGCGCCGACGCCUGCACAAACACCAAUGGGCGACGAGCGGCCUGUGAGUGGUGACUCGUCGCUGGUGAGGAGGCAAGAGCAGCCAGAGGGUAUUGAGUUUGUCGUCAGCUGGUCGGUGAAGCGGAUCCUGCUGUUUGCAUCGUUGAUCAUUCUUCUGAGCGGAGCGGCGGCCUUACUUUGGAUCUUCUUAGGCACGAGCUCUUCGUUCUCGUGGUUCGGAGCUUCAGCUGGAUUCCGAAACGCUGGACAUAGAGUUGGCACGGGGAUCUUGAUUGGGGUUCUGGUCUUGCUUAUUGGUAUGAGUGGAUUCUCUGGAUGGUUAGCAGUCAGCUACCUCGUUAUGUGA